AUGGCUGAGGGUGUGACAGAGAAAAUUGCGUUUGCGAAAGAUGAGAAACAGGAAGCUGUUGACAUGGGCCUAGUCGGGCGCGGCGUGGGGGGCCGCCGCUGGGCCGCCUCGGGCGUGCUGUUGGCCUUGGCCGCCGGACUCCUGGCCGCAGGCUCGGCCAGCGAGUACGACUACGUGAGCUUCCAGUCGGACAUCGGCUCGUACCAGAGCGGCCGCUUCUACACCAAGCCGCCGCAGUGCGUGGACAUCCCGGUGGACCUGCGGCUGUGCCACAACGUGGGCUACAAGAAGAUGGUGCUGCCCAACCUGCUGGAGCACGAGACCAUGGCCGAGGUGAAGCAGCAGGCCAGCAGCUGGGUGCCCCUGCUCAACAAGAACUGCCACAUGGGCACCCAGGUCUUCCUCUGCUCGCUCUUCGCGCCCGUCUGCCUCGACCGGCCCAUCUACCCGUGCCGCUGGCUCUGCGAGGCCGUGCGCGACUCGUGCGAGCCCGUCAUGCAGUUCUUCGGCUUCUACUGGCCCGAGAUGCUCAAGUGUGACAAGUUCCCCGAGGGGGACGUGUGCAUCGCCAUGACCCCGCCCAAUGCCACCGAAGCCUCCAAGCCUCAAGGCACACCUGUGUGUCCCCCGUGUGACAACGAGCUGAAAUCCGAAGCCGUCAUUGAGCAUCUCUGCGCCAGCGAGUUUGGCAGAGGCCAAAUAAGUUUGGGAACCUGUGCUCCGAGCCAUCCCACGAGGAAGCCUUCCGCUACGUCGGGGGCAGGAAUCGUCUCAGCUACUGCUCUGAUGCCUAUGAACGCCCCAAGGGAAAAGGGCUUGCUCCUGCAGAUUCUCUGUCCGGAUUUGCAAGACUUUCUGAUACUGUAAAUUAGGAGACUCAAAGUGAGAAGUUGAUCCUAGACAUUUCAGCAAGUCCAGGAAUCACUUGAAUAAACUCUGAAUGGGUCAAUGUA